AUGGGCGAGCGACUCAAGCACCAGGGCGAGCGGUUGCUGGCUGUAUCUGCGACCGCCCCCGGCUCAGCAAAGCUAAUGUCAAAGAAGGACAGGAACACCCCGGCCGUGGCCAACUCCGCCACCGCAGGCUUUAUCAACAAUGAUUAUUGGACAGUUUACAUAUCAGUCAUCGCCGGCAUCGAGACCCCCGAUUCGCUCGCGCCGGUGCUCUACGAUAUGAUCGCUACAGGCUCGCGUCCCAAGUUCGCCGUGAUCCAGAAGAGCACUCUCUUUGCCUGGGCUCUGGAAGUUGGCAAGGGCAACGACGCCUGCAAAGAAACCAAGAACCUGCUCGACAACGGGACGCCAGAAGAACAGAUUCCGGACUCGCUGGUCGCGCGCCUGCUCAAAGCGAAGCUGGUGGCCCUCAGACAGGAGGGAAUCGAGAUCAAGAACGGAGCCAAGCCACUCAAGGAGGAAGAUGAGGCCGCUCCACAGGCCGAGGCGGCACAGGCGGCCAAGCCAACCCAGGCCAAGAAGGACGAGCGAGACUCUGGAAAGGACAAGGAUAAGGGCAAGGCAGCCAAUGCCAAGAAGCCCGCUAAAGGCACGCUACCAUGUGCCAAAGCCGAAGUUCCCAGCCGCCCUGCAUCCGCUCAGGCCCCAGCGGAGGUCUCCAAGCGCAAGAACAAGCUCAGAGAGCGUGGAGUGCCCAAGACGGACGUAAAAGUGGCUGCCAUCGGCGAUGAGCCAGCAGACGGACCCGACGCAUACUAUUUCCUGCGAGGGUUCGACACUCCCGGCUUCCUCAACGCCCUCGUUGAGGACGAGCAUGUUCAAGUGUCGACCGUCCUGCGUCUUGUGCCCUAUCUGGGCGGCGGCACAGAAGGAAGCCAGGUGCUCAUAGAGAAGAAAUCACACGCGCCCUUCGACCAGCGCUAUCUGGCCCUUCGUCUAGCCUGCCAAAAUUCGUCCGACUCGUCGCUCUGGCGCCAAAUUGCGUGGUCCGAUAUCUGGCUCAACACAAAUUCCGAAGACGGUGAGAUAUUCGACGUGAUUGCCAAGCAUCUGUAUGCUCUCCUCGAUCGCAAGAAGGCGUACGAUGCUCUCUAUGACCCAGCCACGAUGAUAUCGAUCCCGCAAAUCGAUGGAACCAAGAUUCAGCAAACGUGCCUUCGAUACUACCACCACGUCUUGAAUGCUGUGCAGGACGAAGAGGCCAUCACAUCCGACUUGAUUCUGGCUGUGUUGGUGGAAAACUUGGUUCGGGUGACAUGCGAUGGUGCCGACACGGUGCCAGAGUCAUCGCUUCCUGCCCUUGACGAGGUGUCCGUAUUGCAGUCCUAUAUCGAGCGACUCACGAACAAGCUGGCAACAAACGACGUCAUCAAGGACCUCGGCACGGUCGACACGCCGACCCAGACCCAGCCCCAGUCCUCCAAGAUCGUUGCUCGCUAUGGCGACCAGUACCGCCACCUCGUCGCUCGACUGUCCACACUGGAGAACAUGGGACUAAGUCCACGCAAGAUGCUCGAAGAUCUCGGGAGCAAGCUCUCCAUCUGCCAGUACGACCGAGCUUUCAUCCAGUUGCGCGAGCAAUAUGCCAAGGCCUUCAACUUGUCGGAGCACGAAAGCGUGCUGAACAUGAUUGGCCUGGGGGCGGCGCUGGAUGAGAUUGGGGAAAUCGGCGCGGUAAAGCGCAUGUUUUUCCAAACACUCUUUGAGAAGCUUUUGGACUUUGAGAUUCCCCUCAAGGGGCGCGAAUGGAUCCUCAACGACUGGUGUUGGGUCGAGGCCCUCGACAAGCCAACCAUGUUCCAGGUCAUCCAAGAGAUCAAAUCCAUCAAGAACAAGCUCUACACUCGGUAUCUCGAGCGCGAGGGACUGCUUCUGAUCAUUCUAACGAGCCCCGGUAACGGCGAGCUAUACUACCGGAAUGUCACAAGAUCAAAUGUCAACACCAAGGUUGGGUUUGGGCUGUACAACAGCUUGCAAGAGUCUGGCUCGCCACUAUUUCAGUCCAUUACUAAACUGGCAUCAAAGUGCAAGGCCAGCGGAAGCUCCACCUAUGUGGCCGGCGACAGCAUCAUCAACAUCAACGAGACAGAGCAUCUGGCAUACCCCUCGAAGGACGGGCACAUCAUCAGAGUUCGACAAACGGCGUUUUCUGACAGUCUCAAGAAGAUUUCUUUGAAUAUCUCCAGCGAGAAAGCCUUUGUCCUGUGGGAGAACAUCACGGAUUUCGAAGCAGUGAUAUCCAUGACGUUUUCCACUGGAGACGUCUUUUCGAUGUCAAAAUCCAACUCAAGCAACACUCUCUACGUACAAGCGUCCGGACAGGAUGGCUGUAUCGUUGAGUUCCUUUGCAACGGAAACAUUGUGCAGAAGCUGGCAGCGUCCAGUCGCGGGGCGGCACCCAGUCCACUCCAAUCCACAGACACCGAGCAGGGACGGGUCAUCACGCCGCAGGGAAUCGUUAUAUCAUACUUGGGCAGUCACCAGGCCAAGGUGCUGUUUCCGAGCGGCAACGUUGCCCACGAAAGACAGAAUUCCUGGGUUUCAACUAACAUGGACGGUGCCAAGUUCGAAGCAUCAUCAAAUCGGGCGGAAAGGGCCUUCCGACAGCUUCCGUCGAUUCGAGUCAUACACGAAAACCACAUCAAUAUGAAGCAGCGGAUCACCACACGCGAAGACAUCGUCUCGAAAGUCUGCCACGACUCUGGCCAAGUUCACUGCCAGCACGCCGAUGGCACCGAGAUCUCCUUUGAUGGGUCUUCCGAUAACCUGCCCAUGACUGUCGAGCACCCCAGUUAUGGCGUCGUUACCUUCAAAACCGCUCGAGUUAGGAUAGUGAAGCUUAUUGGCGGACUCACCAUCACUCAGAGCUUGCUAGAGUCGGGGGAGUCCAUAUUCGAGGUCGCUUUGGACAACGUACGGCUCACAACAUCGAGCGAUGGCUCCGCUACGUACGAACCCGAUUUCAAGAAAAACAGCCCUCCCUUUAAAAUCAACUGGCACAAGUCCACGGUCGACUAUGCCGAUGAAAACGCCAAAGUGUCGAUCACGGUUGAGAACAACGAGCUCAACAUCUCGAUCUCCUCUGAAAAGGAGAUGGAUAAUGUCCAUUUGAACAACUACCCGAGGUUGUUUGCUAUCAGUGAUGACGGCCGGGCACGCCAGCUCCUGAGGGAUCGGGAUGUCCUUCCAUAUCUUCAAGAGGCCGAGGUCUCGCCCACCUCCCAUGUCAUGGAAAGCUCUCCUCCCGGAAAGGAAGCCCUGCGCUUCUAUACGAUCAUCAACUCCAAAGGGCUGCGCGAUGCCUGUGGAAAGGCCGGAUUCCAUGACAACUACGGAACAGUGCUGACGCACAGACAGAUGGUUCGCUACACCAUCAGUAACAAGGAUCGAGAGAACUUCCAGAAGAUCAUGCGAAUGCAGCAGCAGUCGCUCAAGGACUUUACCGAGUCCGGAAAGCUGCUCACUGGACCCGUUCUGGGUGGCAGUGACGGCAGCACCGACCCACGGCUCGCAGUGCUCGCAGAUAUUGAGUCCCAAGGAAAGUCAAAGAUGAUAUUUGGCGAAGAUCGGCUUGCAACCGAAGAAGAGAUAUGUAAGAUGUUCAAUCUCCGGAGGCCGACCGCCACAGCUGCGGCCCAGUAUUCCGACAUCAACAUACUUGAGGAUUUCUCAUCGUUCGAGGAGCCUACGAUUCGCCACAUCUUCAAACCCAAGCGAAUCGCGACAGAGGUUAAUCGCCAAGUUGUGGAGCGGCCGAGCGGAGAGACUAUUUCCAUGUCGUUGCUGAAAACUCGCGGACUUCGGGAUAAAAUACGCGAGGUUGAUAGCAUUCCUAACUACUUUGAGAGCCCCGAAGGCUUGUUUUUCCUGAACCAGAUCAAGCAUCUUGAGAGUCAUUAUACUGAUGCCGCUACCAGCGAUCCAGAGCGCAGGGUAUACUCCGACAGCGUCCCCUUUGUGCUUUAUGUGGCACAUAUUCGCGAGCCCACUGCCGAUCAAAAGGAGGUCAAGAUAACUCCGAGAAGUCUUUCCAAGAGCACAUCCAAAAGCGCACCCAAGAAUGCGCAGGCUGUAUCUCAAAAGCAGAACCUUUUGGCAUCUGGCCAUUCAGAGGCCCUUGAACCUGAGCCACUCGAGCCUCGAUUCAAAUCUCACACGAAGAGCACGGGUUGGACCGAGAAGCUCAAGGAGAGCGGCGAAAAGCUGGCCCUGUAUCCAUCAAGAUGCGAUUUCGGAGCCAUCAGCGGCCGAGACGCCCGCACGGCCACGAGAUCCAUCAACAUCAAAAACACCGGCACUCGUCCCAUCCGAUUUUUCAUCAAGCAACCCAAGGGCUCAGUCGUCAAGCUUGACUAUCCAAAAGGACCGAUUGCGCCGGGCUUGACGAUCAGAAUGGACAUCUGUCUGAGUCCAAGUCCGGCUGAGAGCUCUGGGAUCCGAGAAUAUAGUGAAACGCUGCUUAUCAAGACGCCGGAGGAGAUUAUCCAAGUCCCGGUGACAGUUGAAUACGUUGGAAGCAUCGGCAACUCGCUUUGA